AUGAAGAAACAAAUCCUGGUGUCGCCCGACCCGCGUGUCAACCUCGUGCACGGCUACAGCCUGGAGAUCAGGGAGGCUGGACCGCAGGACGCCGGCGACUACGUAUGCCAGAUAGCAACGCUCGAGCCCAGGGAAAUCACCCAUACCGUCGAGAUUCUAGAAAACGAUAUCACGUUCUUAGACCUGAUAGAGACGCUUGAGCCCAGGAAGUUCACUCAAACCGUCGGGAUACUAGUGCCGCCCCGCAUCCACUACGUGACGUCGAACGGCCGCGUCGAGGUGAAGAAGGGCUCCUCGGUGCGGCUGGAGUGCAAGGCGUCGGGCAACCCGACGCCAAAGGUCACGUGGUCGCGCAAGAACAACCUGCUACCGGACGGCGUGCAAACAGCCGUCGCGCCCGCUCUGAGCCUUGAAAGAGUCGACAGGCACCAGGCGGGGGUCUAUCAAUGCACGGCGGCGAACGGCGUCGGAGAUGACGUAAAUACACAUGUUUGUUUACAAGUUACGAGGAGUAGUUUGGAGGCGGAGCACAUUUUCCUGCUAUUCCUGCUGUAUCUCUGA